UGUUUUUUUUUUGGCAACUGAAAACUACAGAAAUGACAGACAUCAAGCCGCCACCUCUCCGUAGCCUGGACGAUUUCCUGCUGGGUUCGGCCAGGUUCGCCGUCCCUGAUGUCCGGAACUUGGACCGUUGGAACAACCGAAUCAUUAACAACCUCCUCUACUACCAGAGCAACUACUUUGUGAGCGCGUUGGUCCUGCUGCUGCUGCUGGGGUACUUCCAACCAUUCCAGUUGUUAGUUGGUGCUGUUGUUGUCACCCUCUUGUUCCUAGGCUUCACAUGGGCUGCUGAAAACCAGGCGCCUGUGCGCCGCUUCCGUCGAAACUACCCCUCUGUUUGUCUUGCGGCUAUUCUUCUGGCCAGCUAUUUCAUGUUGUCAGUGCUCGGUGCUGUGGCUGUGUUCUUGUUCGGGAUUUUCUUUCCACUUCUAAUUGUUCUGAUCCAUGCCUCCGUGAGACUACGCAGCCUGAAGAACAAGCUGGAGAACAAGCUGGAGAGCAUCGGCCUGAAGAGGACACCUAUGGGACUUCUGCUGGAGGCCCUGGGGCAGGAGCAGGAGGCUGGCUCCUAAAGGAAACGCUGUUUGUAUAGACUCGGUCUGAAGAUGAAAUUAUUACGAUUCUCACAACUAAAAACAAGAACGUGGCUCCAGGGACACUAAGGAAAGUUUGUUUGACCAACGUCUGAGAUAAGUGUCAUCUAGAAAACAUGACACUCAUGACACUCGAUUGUAUUCCAAAGUGUUAUGAACUAUGUGACUUCAUCUGCCAUAUUAAAGACAAAAGUCUCCAACCAGACCCUAGCACUUAGUUUAACUUGAAAACCUGAUAAAGUAAGAUGGUCUUCAUCAUGCUUGCUGGACACUUUAUCAGUGUUGCUUCUUUCUUCUCAGUUAUCUGUUUUGCUCCCGACUUAUCAAGCCCUUCACUUAUCCAUGUUUCAUCUAUGCUCAGCUCGGCUUCUUCGUUUCCCUACUAGUCUGAGAUUAGGGAGUGCACAGUCGGAACCUGAUUUUGCUUUCGGGAUCUGUCUUGUAGGAAACUGACAUAUUGCGUUGAAUAUAAAAGAGGUUUUCAUUUGGUCUAGUCAUGUCCUUAUUUACCGAACAGCAGUGGCUUUUUAAUGACAGUAUCUGAAUGGAGGCCAAUGUAUCUGUUUAUACUGAGAUCUAAAGUGGUCAUCGAGAAUAGAGCAUUUGGUUUGGAGUGAAUCUGUAUUUUUUUCUAUUUAAUAAAAAAUAGAGGAGCAGUAGCCGUAGAGAAGGACAUUGUUUACAGUAUUCUCUCUUUCAGAACCAAUAUGUUAACUCAUUCUAUAAGGCCUGUGCUAUGUAUAGUGCAGAAACACAGUGAUGAAGUUCUGACCAUUUUCUUUUUAAUGUACUAAUGUUUACUCCUGAGGUUUCAAAUCCUUUUGGAUGAUCUGAUGUACACAACUCUUUUAUUUUCUCAAAUGUGUUGAGGUGAACUCUCAGAGUUCAUCAGAUAUUUUGUGAAAAUGGUGAAAUGAAGUUUGAUUUCACAUUCUUUGCUUUUUGCUCAUGCUUUUUAUUCAAUGUGUCAAACACGUGACCAGCUGACUUAUUGCUGAGUGCCAGAUGUUUGUCUGUUAAUAGUGGUAUUCAUGUUUGUGCACAAGUGCACAAUGCAGUUUGCAACUCACAUUGCUGCCUUUCAUUCUGCUCAAGCUUGGUUUUAUUUGAUUGAUUUGAUGUAUUUUAUUCAUUCCCACAAUGAAAAAUUAUCCCAAACUUUGUUAAAUGUUUGUUUUUUAUUUGUUUACAUUUUUAAAAAUAAAUGAAAAAAUGAUUUUC